CUUCAGCUGCGCUCUACGUCUGAGGAAGCCGCAGAAGAAACUUUGACCACUUCAGUUGGUAGCCUAGCAGCGGAGACACAUAUCUCCUUUUUUGUUUACCAGCCCCGUAUUUAUUCGACUGGCGCUAUUAAAAAGAUGUGGUUUAUUUAUUUACUCAGCUGGUUGUCGCUGGUGGUGCAGAUAUGUUUCGUUACUCUCGCUAUCGCUGCAGGCCUGUAUUACCUGGCAGAGUUAAUAGAGGAGUACACAGUCGCCACCAGCCGCAUUAUAAAGUAUAUGAUUAUGUUCUCCACAGCGGUGCUGGUGGGACUCUAUCUGUUUGAGGGCUUCCCCACGCUCAUGGUCGGGGUGGGUCUCUUCACUAACCUGGUGUACUUCGGUCUGCUGCAGACGUUCCCGUACAUCAUGCUGACCUCUCCAAACUUCAUCCUGUCAUGUGCACUGGUUGUUUUAAACCACUAUAUGGCCUUCCAGUAUUUUGCGGAGGAGUACUAUCCUUUUUCUGAGGUUCUGGCGUACUUCACUAUAUGUCUGUGGGUGAUUCCGUUCUCGUUCUUCGUUUCUCUCUGCCGGGAGAAUGUUCUUCCCUCCACUAUGCAGCAGGGAGAUGAUGUGGUGUCAAAUUAUUUCACUAAAGGCAAGCGGGGCAAGCGCUCGGGCAUCCUGCUCAUCUUCUCUUUCCUGAAGGAGGCCGUUUUGCCGAGCCGGCAGAAGAUGUACUGAUGAAGCGCUCGAGAUGCUCAUCACACGGAGGGGUUUGGGAGGGUUUGUUCAGGCCACCGGCCCCCGUCAGUGGACAGCCUUUUUUUGUGGGAGGAACGAUAAUAACGAGAUGGAAUGGGAGAGGACCAGAUCAGAAGAAACGCACACAACCCGUCGAAUGAACUUACUGUCUGUUGAUUGAUGUCCAGAGUCUCUGGCUAAUUUCUUCUUAGGGCGUCUAAAGCCACGGAAGGACUUGAAGUCUUUCAUUGGUGAAGGCUUGAUGUUUUGACGCGUCUGUGCUGGGUGAUUGUGGAAGGGGCUUCGGCUUCUCUAGAGGCUCUUGCUGAUUUUCUUCUAAUCGCAUCACUUCGAAAGCCAAUGUUUGUUCGCUCGUGAAUGAAUUGAUAUGUCCGGAUUAUUUGUUCACAUUUUAAAGGAAUGUUUUACCCCGAGUCCAAUGUUUGGUUCGCUCGCUCGCAGCAAUUUCCACUACAAGUAUUUGUUUGUUUACACUUUUAUAACGACCUGAUGGUGAGUCGGCUUCAAUAAGGAUUGAUUGAUGAGGUGUUGAUUUAUAAACCCAUUUGAUAUCAGCCGUCGAAACGCUAUUUUUGGGGUAAAAUGUUGCUUUAAAUACUGCAGUCAUGAGAGCCAUGGUGUUGGCCUUGCUUAAUUUGUGUGCUGUAAAGAAAUAUAAUAAAAUUCAGUUGUAUGAGUUUUUGAAAGGAAAACAGUGUCACGUACAAAUAAGAUGAUGCGCGUCUCACAAUCGGGUUACGUUUCAGCCCAAAGUGAUCUAAAAAUCGUGCGUUGGGAAACAUUUUUUUAGGAUUAAGAUUAGAUUAAGUGCUUUGAACCUUUGUUUUUCUAGAUUAAUAUGAAAAAAAGUGAAAUGCUAUUAAAAAUAAACUGGAUUGUAAAUUA